AUGUCACUACAGAUCCCCCACCGCGAUAAGCAGGCAAACGGUGCCCACGGCGCCACAAAGGCCGUCAUUCUGGUCGGUGGCCCUUCCCGUGGCACUCGAUUCCGACCGCUGUCUCUCGACGUCCCCAAGCCUCUCUUCGAUGUCGCCGGACACCCCAUCAUCUGGCACUGCCUGACUGCCAUCGACAAGGUGCCCUCCAUCCACGAGGUCUGCAUGAUCGGCUACUACGACGAGUCCGUCUUCCGCGACUUCAUCAAGGACGCCGCCACUCAGUUCCCCAACCUGUCCAUCAAGUACCUGCGAGAGUAUCAGGCUCUGGGUACCGCCGGCGGUCUCUACCACUUCCGCGAUGCUAUCCUCAAGGGCCGCCCCGAGCGCAUCUUCGUCCUCAACUCCGACGUCUGCUGCUCUUUCCCCCUCAACGACAUGCUGAAGCUCUUCAACGAGAAGGACGCCGAGGCCGUCAUUCUCGGCACCCGCGUCAGCAACGACGCCGCCAGCAACUUUGGCUGCAUCGUGAGCGACAGCCACACCCGCCGCGUGCUACACUACGUCGAGAAGCCGGAGAGCCACAUCAGCAACCUCAUCAACUGCGGUGUCUAUCUCUUCAGCACCGAGGCCAUCUUCCCCUCCAUCAGGAGCGCCAUCAAGCGACGGGCCGAUCGCCCUGCCCGCCUCGUCAGCUACCCCAGCUCCGAGAACCUCGAGAACUCCUUCAUACUAGACCACGACGACGAGGAUGACGAGAGCAAGAAUCAGAUUAUUCGUCUGGAGCAGGACAUCCUCGGUGACAUGGCCGAUAACAAGCAAUUCUUCGUCUACGAAACCAAGGACUUCUGGCGCCAGAUCAAGACGGCCGGCUCAGCCGUCCCUGCCAACGCUCUCUACCUGCAGAAGGCCUGGCAGAGCGGCUCCAAGGAGCUUUCUGCCCCCUCAGCGAACAUCAUCGCCCCUGUCUUCAUCCACCCCAGCGCCCACGUGGAUCCCACAGCCAAGCUCGGCCCCAACGUGUCCAUUGGUCCCCGCGCAACCGUCGGCGCUGGUGCCAGAGUCAAGGAGUCCAUCGUGCUGGAAGAUGCGGAGAUCAAGCACGACGCCUGCGUGCUGUACUCCAUCAUUGGCUGGAACAGCCGUGUUGGCGCCUGGGCCCGUGUCGAGGGAACCCCUACCCCUGUCACUAGCCACACGACCAGCGUUGUGAAGAACGGCGUUAAAGUCCAGGCCAUCACCAUUCUCGGAAAGGAGUGCGGAGUUGGCGAUGAGGUGCGAGUGCAAAACUGCGUCUGCUUACCCUACAAGGAACUAAGACGGGAUGUUGCCAACGAGGUCAUCAUGUAA